CAAUAUUUACCAUAUUGUUUGUCACGAUGGCAUGAUAUGGUACAAUGUUUCAGAGUUUCUCCUAAAUUUUCUUUCAGUUUCCUGUUUGUAUGUUUGAAUUUGAGUAUAUUUCGGGCAAGAACGUUUAAUUGUCGACCAACAAGUCAACAGAUCAACUUCAUCAUCUUUAAUCUCGCCUCGAUUAAUCAGUUACAUCCUAGUUCAGAUAGUGAUCGGCCGUUCAUCUGAUUCGGGUUGAUGUUGUGUUGUCGUUCUUUUCUAAUUUGUUUUGUGUAUUUCAGUCAAGUGUUGUGAUAUUGAUUCUGGUAUAUGUUUGUUAAUGAUUUCACAUUGCUACUCGAAAUGAAACAGUAAUUUGAUUCCUGGUGGUAUUUUGGUUGUAUCAGGACCCUUCAUCUUUAAAGAGUUACUUUGUGAUGCCAAUUUUCUGGUGAAGGGGAAGAGUUAGAGGUAAUGACGCAUGAUAGUUUGAUUAUUCCAUCAGCUUCAUCAAUCAGCCCAGCUGUGUCUCUGGCAAAAACUGAUAGCUCCGUUUCAUAUUACAAUGAUUAUCUUGUGGAUGUGCCCUCAAAUGAUAGGUCCCUGAGAGAGGAAUCAAGCAGCGGAAUUCGUAUCUUACAACAGGAGCAUGAAUCAUGUGAUGGAAAUGGGGGUAUUGAUUCUCAUAUUUGGUUUCCCCCUGAACCAGAAGACCGAGAGGCUGACAUGGAGGGUAGUAUUGGCAAUUAUGAGGACGAUGAUGACGAUGAAGAGUACGGUGAUGGCAUGAAAUGGGGAAAGCCAAGUAAUCUGAGCAGCCUUAGAGAAGAAGGAUGUGGGAGCUUUAGGUUUAGAGAAGAAACAAAAAAGGCAAUGGAUGAGGUUAUGAAUGGGAAGUUUAAGGCACUUGUGGAGCAUCUUCUUACAUCAAUGGGCAUUUCUUGUUCUGGGAAUGAUAUGGAUACGGAUACGGAUACGUGGGUGGAUACAGUCACAGCUUUAUCAUGGGAAGCUGCUUCAUAUCUGAAGCCAGAUGCUUUUGAGGGAAAAGCAAUGGAUCCUGAUGGAUAUGUGAAGAUCAAAUGUUUUGCGACUGGUUCUCGGACCCAAAGUAAAGUUUUCAAGGGCUUAGUCUUCAAGAAACAUGCAGCUCACAAACACAUGCCAACAAAGUAUAGAAAACCCAAGUUGCUAUUGAUCAAGGGUGCACUUAGUGUUUCUUCAGAUGGACUAUCAUCCUUUGAGUCGAUGAAACAGGAGAAUGAGAGGCUAGAUUAUCUAAUUGGGAUGAUAGAGAAGUUGAAUCCAAAUGUCGUACUAGUUGAGAAAACCGUUUCACGAGAUAUUCAAGAGUCUAUCCUUGCAAAAGGGAUGACAUUGGUAUUGGAAAUGAAACUACACCGGUUGGAGAGAGUUGCUCGUUGUACUGGGUCACCAAUCUUGUCCUCUGAUAUGCUGCUGCUGAAUGACCAAAAGCUGAGGCAGUGCGAAUCCUUUUAUUUUGAAAAGAUUGUAGAAGAACAUGCUGCUCUUUGUGAUAAUGGAAAACGCCCUAAGAAGACAUUAAUGUUUCUCCAAGGCUGUCCCACACGAAUGGGAUUUACGAUUCUGCUGAUGGGAUCUCACAGUGAUGAACUUAAAACCAUAAAAUGUGUUGUUCAGUUUGCGGUUGUAAUGGCAUACCAUUUGAUCCUUGAAAGUUCAUUCCUUGUGAAUCAACGGGCAAUGUUAUCCACGACUGCCCCGAAUGGAAUGGCUAUAUUAUCAACUAAACCUGUGUUUGUGUAUAAAGGUCUUGAUAUUCCUGUAGCCAGUGAGUCGAGUAUGGAAACUACAACUAGUGAUAAUUUGAUCACCACCAUUGAUAUCCCCAUCUCCAAUGGAUUUCUUCAAGAAAAUGGGCCCGACAACUUGGGUCUAGAAGGGCAUAGUUUAUCAUCUUAUGAGCCAUAUGACCCAAUUGUUCUCUCAGGGUUAUCUUCACUCUCGGCCUCUUUACAGGAAGUUGUAGGGUACCCUCUUUUCAAUGCUACCCCCCAAGACCAAGACCAUGAGGAGGAGGAGGAGGAGGAGGAGACAUACCUUGGCUAUAACACCCCCCUUGACCGCACCGAAACCAGCUCUCCAGAUACGGAAACAGAGUUGCUUCGAAGAAACUUGUCCUUAGAAACAAAAGAUUCUGAAGAGCGUAUGCAACGUAAGGAUGACAUUACUGCGGUUUUGGAUUCCGAGAGCAUAUUAGUUUUGAUGUCUAGAAGGAAUGUCACAAGAGGGACUACGUGUAAGCAAAGUAGCUUUUCAUGUAUCAAGUUCUACCGGAAUUUCGAUGUGCCCCUCGGAAAGUUUUUGCAGGAUAACUUACUCAAUCAGAAGCUUUUGUGUGGAACAUGUAAUGAACUACCAGAAGCUCAUCUUUCGUACUAUGCACAUCAGAACAAGCAACUCACAAUUCAAGUUAAACGUCUUCCUUCAGAUAAGCAGUUGCCUGGUGAAAAUGAAGGAAAGCUUUGGAUGUGGAGUUGUUGUGGCCAAUGUAAACCCUCCAAUGGAAGCUUAAAGUCUACCAAAAGAGUAUUGGUCUCCGUUGCUGCCCGUGGGUUAUCCUUUGGGAAGUUCUUAGAACUUGGCUUCUCCAACCACUCUUCAUGGGAAAUACCAUCUAGCUGCGGACAUUCCUCUUAUGCUGACUAUUUUCACUUCUUUGGAUCAGGCUCCAUGGUUGCAAUGUUUAGAUACUCAACAGUGGCUACUUACUCUGUAUCUCUGCCGCAUUGGAAGGUCGAGUUUACCAAUUCAAUAGAAAGAGAUUUUCUUAAAGAAGAAGUUGCGGAUGUGUACCAGGAAGGGCAAUCAGUGUUUGCUGAGGUUGAGAACUCCCUGAAGAAGAUGGAAGACAAGUUUGGUGGAUCAACACUGAACAUUCAAGGAUCAUGUAAAAGAUUCUCUGACAUCAAAGAGAUGUUGAAUAAAGAGCAAGAUGAAUAUGAGGUUAACAUGAAGAAGUUGAGUGAAAGCACGAGCAUGACUAAAUGGCUGUACAAGCCUCUGCACUUGAAUUACAUACAAUGGGAGGUUUUACUUCGUUCAUACAUCUGGGAUGAGCGCAUCCAUUCACUCCUUUCAUCCAAUCUUAUUAGAGUAACUGUUGACCCCCAAACCGUCCGUGAAUCACAGCGGCCUCAUCUUCAGGAGAAAGAUACCACCACCAUCAGCAUCACUGAAAAUGGUGAACCGGUUUCUGAUAAUAUCAAAAUCUAUACACAUACACCCGAACCCAGAGAAGCAAAUGGCUUAUCAGUUCAACCAAUCACAACCGAAGCUGUUGUUGAUGAUGAAAAUGGUGGAGUUUCUUCGGCUUUUUCAUCGAAAUCAGCCGAUCCCAAAGGGUGGAUGUGGACACCAUUCUCGCAUAUUGAAAGCAUUUAUGUGAAGGAUCUCCACAGAGGGUACUUGCCCAAAUAUGAAGCUUCCGGAUCCAGCAGAAUACACAAAAUGAUUACCCAGUCCCAAGGCGAAGAGGGCUCAAAGAUUCAUUUCCCAUUGGGAUUGGGUACAGAAAAUCUUCUUAUGGUAUCGGAUUAUGAAGACGAGUUAUCAAGUAUGAUAGCAUGUGCGUUGGCUUUUCUAAAGGACGGAAAUAGUAAUACAUCAUUGGAAUUUGCAAGUGACGAUUCAAAAUCAUACGAAAGUUUACCAAAAAUGUUGUCUUUGAGUUCCCCAAAUUGGUCUUCCUUUACCUCCAUGGAUUCCGAUGUAGAAGACUCCCGUUUUUCGAGCUUUGAUGGGUUGGAAUUGCUGGAUUCUGUUGCUGCUAAUUCCAGGUAUCUUCACCCUGUGAUUUCCAUGGGAAGAUUAGCCAACAGAUCUAAAUAUUCGGUAGCUUGUUUAUUUGCCAAAGAUUUUCUCGAUCUUCGUGGUCAAUGUGGUUUAUCUGAGCUUGAUUACAUUUCUUCAUUAAGCCGUUGUAAGCAUUGGGAUGCCAAAGGUGGAAAGAGUAAAUCUUUCUUUGCUAAAACUCUUGAUGACCGCUUCAUUAUUAAGGAAAUUAAGAAAACCGAGUUUUACUCCUUUCUUGAAUUUGCUUCUCACUAUUUUGGGUACAUGAAUCAGUGUUUUAAACUUGGAAAUCAGACAUGCCUCGCCAAAAUUCUUGGUAUUUAUCAGGUAAAGAAAAGAAAGAGUGGGGCUAAACAUGAUCUAAUGGUGAUGGAGAACAUUAGUUAUGGGAGAAAAAUUACGCGGCAGUAUGAUCUGAAAGGAGCUCUGUAUGCCCGUUUCAAUGCUGUUGUUGAUGGUACAGGAGACGUUCUUUUGGACCAAAACUUUGUAAAUGACAUGAAUGUGUCUCCUUUAUACGUUAAUACAAAAGCAAAGCGGAAUCUGCAACGCGCUGUGUGGAACGAUACUGCCUUCCUCAAUUCGAUCAAUGUGAUGGACUAUUCAUUAUUGGUUGGAGUGGACGUGGAAGAAAAGGAGCUGGUAUGCGGCAUAAUCGAUUACGUGCGGCAAUAUACUUGGGACAAACAGCUGGAGAACUGGGUGAAGUCCUUUGUGGUCCCCAAAAACCAGUUGCCUACCAUAAUCUCUCCAAAAGAAUACAAAAAAAGAUUCCGAAAGUUCAUUGACACCCACUUUUUCAGUGUCCCUGAUGACUGGUGUUCUCAAAGACCCUCCAACCGCUGCACCCUUUGUGGUUCCAACACCCCAAACCCAAAGAUGAAAUGAAAACUUGUUAUUAAAUUUUGGAUGCAUAUACAUCACCAUGAACCAUCAACGCUGAACGCCACCCCAUCCAUUCUGCACCUUUUUAGCAAAUUUCUGGGGAUAAUAUGUAUUAGUUUUUAAGUGCCGGGAAA